AUGGGAAAAGACAUAAACAAUUACCCUUUAAUAGAUGGAACUAUCAAUUUACAAGAAAAUCUGAAAACCAUUAAAGAAUUAGAAGAUGAAACGAAUAUCAAAAUGUCUGAAGAAGAUCUGCUUUCGGUGUCCAAACUAAAUAAGAACAAAAAUAUACAUGACACCAUAAUGGCAAAAGUACUAUACAACCAACCUGGAGCCUUCUUUAUCGAUGGCCCAGGAGGAACAGGAAAAACUUCUCUAUAUACUGCCCUAUUAGCUACUUUGCGAUCACAACAUUUUAUAGCUUUAGCAUCAGCAACAUCUGGAAUUGCUGCAUCAAAUAUGCUUGUGGCAAGAACUUGUCAUUCACGAUUUAAAUUGCCACUUGACAUCGAUAACACAACAACUUGUGACAUAAGCAAACAAAGCAAUACCGCAAAGCUUCUCAAAGCUGCGAAAUUAAUUAUAUGGGAUGAGGCUUCUAUGGCCAAACGACAAGCUAUUGAAGCAGUUGAUAAAAUGCUAAAAGAUAUCGUGGAAACUGAUCUACCUUUUGGUGGUAAAGUUAUUGUAUUUGGUGGUGAUUUCCGGCAAGUUCUACUCGUCGUUCCAAAAAAAAGAAGAGAAGAACAAAUCGAUGCAAGUUUAGUAAGAUGUAAAAUUUGGCCCACAUUACAAAAGAUCAAAUUAUGUGAAAAUAUGCGUGCUAAAUCUGAUCCACAAUUUUGUGAAUUCCUUUUAAGAAUAGGAAACGGAACCGAACCACAAACAAUAAAUGACAUAGUUAAACUCCCACCUUCAAUGAUUGUUCUGUAUAUUGACGAGACAACUUCUCUAAACACGCUAAUAAAGAGUGUUUUCGUAGAUCUAAACAUGGCUGCAAUAAAUCCAAAUGCUAUUACAAAACUUGCCAUUUUAACUCCAAAAAAACAAUCCGUAGAUGAUAUUAAUAAGAUUCUCAUAGACAAAUUUCCAGGUAAUGCUAUAAUAUAUCAUAGCUUCGAUAAAACUAUUGAUCUAAUAGCACAAGAACAUCAUGAAGACUUUUUAAAUAGUUUGACAUUAAAUGGUCUGCCUCCUCAGACCCUUGUAUUAAAACCUAAUUGUCCUGUAAUCUUGCUAAGAAACAUAGACCCCUCAAAAGGUCUUUGCAACGGCACGCGUUUAAUAUGUCGUCGCUUAGAUAAAAUUGUAAUUGACGCUGAAAUUGUUGUUGGAUAUCACCGUGGUAAAAGAGUUUUCAUACCAAAGGAUUCCUUUACAACCUUCCAAAAGUGA